ACGGUCGCCAGAAGAAGAUUGGGGUACAUGAAGCGGUCCCUGCGGAAGCUGGGCGGCGACGCGGGGAAGGCGCCUCAGCCCAUGGCCGCGGCCGAUUCCAUUUCCAAUGACACGGACGCGCGACCGACGCUGAAAUCGCGCAAGUCGUUCCGGGACCUCGUCCCCAAGCGGUCGCCGCCCAAGCAGCACGAAGAAAAGGCGUCGUUGAAAGACGAGAGCUCGGCCAAAGACACUAUUGUGGCCACCGAGUCCAAACCACCUCCCGGCGCACAAGACGGCGCGAGCACAUCGCCGCAACGGCUGCAACGCAACAGCCCGUCGAGCAAGUCGUUUCGCAACAUGCUCUUUGGCAAGAAGGAUCCUCGUAGUGACCACGCCCCAUCCGCCGACGCCAACGCUGCCCGAGACGAAGCUCCAUUGCCGUCCGCGCUAAGCAUGGCAGCAACACACAACGACAGCGACCCAGCCUCAACGCCGAGCGCGACAUUGACAAUGGACAAGAACGCCGCCGAAUCGGACCGCCAGCCGCUGCAUCGUGUGCGUAAAGACGCGGGCUCCGCGGUCCUUCGAAAAGUCACGCCACAGAACCAGCCCGAAGUGCACCUUCUCGGCGACCUCGUCGGCGGCUCAGGCUUUGAAGCUGGAGUCGGCUACGUGUGCAAGUGGCGAGUCGACUAUGGCGAGGCGUGGCAACACGUGUGUGGCAAAGAAGUUGGCCAAACCCACGUCGACACACCGAGCACCGGCGACGAUGUCAUUUGGGCCCAUCCCAUCGAUGUGCUCUGGACGACCUUUUCCAUGCAGGGCUGGCCGCGACUGCUUGUCCAAGUGUGGACCGUCGACGAGCACGGUGGGGCACACGUCUGCGGGUACGGUUUUUCCCACGUGCCGUCGUCGCCGGGGCACCACCUCGUGACGAUUGGACUUUGGCGCCCCUUGGGCUCGGAACAUCAAGAGCUGGCAGCACUCUUUUUGGGCCAAACGACGGAGCUUCUCUGCGACGACGUCGUGUUCAACAGCGCGUGGGCAGAUCGGUGCCGGCUUCGCACCAUCGCAUCAGGCCAGGUGCAUUUCGAGCUCCACGUCAUUCUGCGCCACUUCGCCGUCGAGGCAUUCCGCUUUUAG